AUGGGUGGCCGAGACAUGCCUCAGGCGGGUGUGGGUUGGUGGCUGUGGCUGGCUGGUGCUGUCUUCUCUCUGUGUGUAUCUCUCAGCACCGCCUGCCCCAAGCCAUGUGCCUGCUAUGUCCCCACUGAGGUUCACUGCACCUUCAGAUCUCUCAACGCCAUCCCUGCAAACAUUGGAUCUCAAGUGGAGCGCAUCAACUUUGGCUACAAUAACCUGGUGAAAUUAACCCGCGACGAUUUCACAGGGUUGAAGAGUCUUGAACUGCUGAUGCUCCACAGCAAUGGGAUCCAGGAAAUCCCAGGACAGGCAUUCCGAGAUCUGCAGUCUUUACAGGUCUUGAAGAUGAGUUACAACAAAGUGAAAGCACUGAAUCGAGACACUUUCCUUGGCUUGUACAAAAUGGUGCGGCUACACAUGGACCACAACAGAAUCGAGUUUAUUAAUCCCGAGGCAUUCUAUGGGCUGACGGCAUUGAGGCUGCUGCAGUUGGAGGGAAAUCUUCUCCAACAGCUCCAUCCUGACACAUUCGUUACUUUCCGCCACAGUCAGAUUUUCAAAAUGUCAUGGAUAAAACACAUUUACCUAGCGGACAAUGCGCUCACAUCCAUCCCCAGCGAGCUGCUGUCCUACAUCCCGGAACUGGAAAGUAUUUACCUGCAUGGGAACAAGUGGCAAUGUGACUGUGAGCUGCGAUGGUUAGCGGAACUUAACCAGCGUCGACCAGGAGUAAUAAAGUGCAAGAGAGACCGUAGCUCUCCGGACAGUCAGAUGUGCCCCGUGUGCGUCGCCCUGGAAACCUCAGGAGAAAAGGACCUCUUUGAUGUGUCCCCGGCAGUCUUCUCCUGCAACCCCCCGAGGAUCGUGUCUCCAUUACUGCUCAGCAACAGCAGCCUGCUGGGAGAGGGCAACCAACCAGCCAUCGAUGCCAAGGAUUUUGUUGCACCGCUUGGGCAGAUGAGCCUAAACAUGUCCGACCAAAGCGGGAAUGGGGCAGAGAUGGUUUGCAACGUGCAAAAGCCUAAGAGGACACCUGGGGUGGCUUUAGAUCACAGAGAAGGCUUUGUGCUCCUCAACACCUCUUUGUCCAUCUUCCUGGUGUGUAAUGUGAAUUACGAGCAGAUUCAAAGGCUAUGGGGGAUCUUAGCUAUGUACAGCGACUCACCUCUCAGGCUCGAGAGAGACGACCUGCUGACUACGACUCCGUAUAUGAGCUACCGCUACAGGCAAACCCGGGAUGCAGAUGUCUACAUGUUCACUGGUAUAGAGGUCCAGAUCACUGCCGACCCUGCUUGGCUUCUGCAAGGUGAGGUCACCUUACAGUUAGACCGGACACAGACCACCCUGAAUAUCUUACACAUCAGAUACCUGACCCAUGUCCAACUUGCUCUGAAAGACUUGGAGGCCAAACCCAGGAAAAACAACUGGGUGAUGAUAAAGAGAGGAAGCCACGCGAGACGGCAACGCUUUGUGAUGGUAGGCGCGAUGGUGGAGCUGGAAUGCGAAGCGUUCGGCGACCCCAAACCUACCACUGAAUGGAUAUUCCCGGAAGGUAGCAAAGUCCGAGCCCCAUACAACAGCGAGGACGGGCGGAUCACAAUCAAUUCAGCCGGUAAAUUCACACUGAGGGUGGCUGAUCGGUACGACACAGGGAUGUACCACUGCCUGGCAACCAAUUUCCAAGAUUCCCAAGUGCUAAGCUUUCGGGUUACAGUCUUGGACCCUGCUGUCGAGGAAAGCGAUGUCAAUGGACCUACGAUUUUCAAAUCUCCUGGCGAGUCGUUGCAUCUCCCAUGUCAAGCGAUUGGAAUCCCGAAAGUGGCCAUCAGUUGGAUCCUGCCUGACCACAGAAUAUUGGACCAUGCUGUGGCAAAUAAGCAGGUGGAUCCCAAUGGGACCUUGGAGAUACGAAGACUGAGAGCAAGAGAUAGCGGUUUUUACAGGUGUCUGGCAGCCAAUCCUUACGGGCUCGAUCUUCUGGCGUUACAGGUAACUGUCACAGGUGUCGACAUCUCUUCCCAGAAGGAAAGCGAGGAGAAUAAUGAUGCCGCGGAGGAAAGCCGUGGCUCCGGGGAGAGCGAGCCCUACCCAGGGGAACCUGAAGAUGUAAUGAAGAUAGAGGAGGGAAACAGGUUGUCUUCUGAAGAUAUCUUCUCUUCCAAGAGUCCCACCUUAGACCAUGAUCUUCACCAAACGACAGUCCAAUCUGAGGACGAAGACCUGAGGAGCCCAGCGAGGAGGGGGGGCAAUGGGGCCUGGAACAAUCGGUGGUGGGCGAAGCGAAGGAGACUGAAACAUCAAAGGAGAAAAUUGGAUCCUCAGCAAUGGGCGGAGUAUCUGGAGAAGAUCAGAAACAAGUCUUUGGCUAAAACCCAAACAACUGAAAUCCCAGCCAAACCUCAAACCAUCGGUUCAUCCACCGAGCUUUCUGUUGAUGAGGAUGGAGGAUCGGGGAAGGGGCUCAUGUUACCAGAGGAACAACUGAUUGCCAUAACAACCAAGCCUAAAAGCAUUUUACCCACCCCACUCAUGUCCGUCACACAACAAUCCACAACAACCUUCCCCUCUCCUCGGACCGAGUUAACUCCUGUGGUCUCACCAUCCAUCGUGGUCACCGUAACGGAACAAGUCACCAAAGAUGCAUUGGCCUCAAUGUCUCCAAAGGCAAUUGACCCAACUUUUGAAGGGGAACUCGAAGAACACAUGCCAGAAUCUGCAAUCACCACCCCGUUCAAACGGAAGUCGGCCGAGUCAAAUCCGGAGAUCCAGGUAACAGUUUCUGGGGACACCAAAGGCCUCUUCAUUACGCCUACCGCAAAUGGAUUGAAUGCCCAAUCGUCAGAGGAGAGGAUUUCUUCAUUGGAACCUAGGACAGAGGCUUCUGGGCUUGCCCCAGUCUCUCAGAGCCUAAGAACCCAACACUUCCAUACCCACAUUAUGACCAUUACUACAACAAAUGAUGGCAAUAAGAUUUCGUUUGAAACAACCCAGAAAAUAACCUCUCCUGGCUCAUCCUCUGUAUCAACCACCCUCACCCAACAGGUCCACAUAACAAGAGAUGCAACAACCAAAACCCCACUAAUCAUACGCUCACCGUUUGGUAGGAGAAGGAAGUUACCUCCCAGAUUUCGUUACCGUAGGCCGGGAUUGAGGAAACACAGAUACAAGAUUGUGAGACCUGGGAUGAGGAGAAAGAUUCCAUUGCAGGAAGAAACCACAACAGCUGCGAUGGUGCAUUCGGAAUCCUCUACAACACAUCACGUCUCUCCUAUCACUGAGACCUCAUCAAGAUCUCCUGCUCCACUGCCAGGCCCGGGGGAAGGGGAGCCAGACACUCACACCACAGAAACAUACCAUAAAGAGCUAGUAGAGGGAAGUGUCCAUCAAACUGCGAUCCGGUAUCUGGCCCAGGCUAGGACUUCCCCUAAAACAGAUCUGGUAAAAGCAAAUAUUCCAGAGGUAACACAAGUUGACUCACAAGCAGUUGCACAUCUGGCUAGAUCAGCAACCACAACACUGACUGCAACCAGUACAGUCACAACAGCGAUCUCCACAACCACUACAAUCCACACACCAGCCGAGGGACACUCCCAAGCUUCAGCCACCACCGCACUUCUCUCAACCUUAGCCACACCAACCAUCAAGUCCUCCAAGAUCAUUCGUGGUAAAAUCCCCUGGAAUAGGCUGUUUGGGUUGAAUGGCCAAAAGGAGCUGCUGAGGAGACUGCGGAAGCCAGACAGAGGCACUAUUGUCCCUUUCAGGUCUCUGGGCAGACAUGUCCCGAGACCAACUGAUCACAGUCGGAAGACGUCAGCAUUCGCAGAGUUGAUGGAAACCAGUGGGUCUGGAAUGAGGGUCGCCUCUGAGUCGAUUCUCCACACCCCUCAAGACAAUCCCUCGGGUAUCUCCCAGGACCCGGAGGCCAAAGUUUCGCCGUCGGCGACCAGUUAA